AUGAAUUCAGAUCCUGAUCCCCCCUCAAGUCCCUCUCACCCCCAGCUGCAUCUUGGAAGGUCCCAGCUAAACGCUGCUGCUGUGGACCACAGUGAGAACAAUCAGAAAUCUGGACCAUCUGCAGGAGACAGUGCAACUUUUUCUUCUUCAGUUCCUGGCUACUCCCAUGGCAGGGAGAAAGCUGAAAAAAAUGAGGCCAUGAAGGAAGAACCUGAAGUGCUCUUUGAGGAACUUCUUGAGAGGGCCAAAGCUGGAGAACCAAAAGCACAGACAGAGGUGGGGAAACACUUCUUAAGAUUAGCAGAAGAGGAGGAUGAAGAACUUAACAAUUGCAGUGCGGUUGACUGGUUUAUCCUUGCUGCUAAGCAAGGUCGAAGAGAAGCUGUCAAACUGUUGCGUAGAUGCCUGGCAGACAGAAGAGGCAUCACUUCUGAGAACGAGCAAGAAGUGAAAAAAUUAUCAUCUGAGACUGAUUUGGAGAGAGCUGUGAGGAAAGCUGCCUUAGUCAUGUACUGGAAAUUAAACCCAAAAAAGAAGAAGCAAUUAGCAGUUUCUGAACUACUGGAAAAUGUUGGGCAAGUUGACAAUGAAGAUGGUGAGAAGCAACCUGGCCCGGUCCCAAAGUCGGUGCAGAAGCAGAGAAGAAUGCUGGAGCGAUUAGUGAGCAGCGAAUCCAAAAAAUUUAUUGCUUUAGAUGACUUUGUUGAAAUUACCAAGAAAUACGCAAAGGGAAUCAUCCCAUCUAACCUGAUUAUGCAGGAAGAGGAAGAUGAUGAAUUGGCAGGGAAGACUCCUGAAGAGUUACCCCUGCGACUGAAGGUUGUAAAAUAUCCACUUCAUGCCAUUAUGGAAAUUAAAGAAAACCUUAUAACUAUCAAUGCUCUCAUCUUUUUCUUCAUCAUCAGUAAUCUGACAAUUGAUUUUUUUGCCUUCGUUAUUCCGUUAGUCAUAUUCUAUUUGUCCUUCAUUUCUAUGGUGAUUUGCACACUCAAAGUUUUUCAGGACAGUAAGGCUUGGGAAAACUUCCGUGCUUUGACUGACUUACUGCUUCGUUUUGAACCAAAUCUAGAUGUUGAGCAAGCUGAGGUGAACUUUGGAUGGAAUCACUUAGAGCCGUACAUUUAUUUUUUACUCUCGGUAUUCUUUGUCAUUUUUUCCUUCCCUAUAGCAAGCAAAGACUGUAUACCAUGCUCAGAGUUAGCUACUGUCUCAGUUUUCUUCACAGUGACAAGUUACAUGAGCUUAAGCACAUGUGCAGAACCUUACACACGAAGAGCGCUGAUGACCGAGAUAGCAGCAGGUUGCUUAUCCCUAUUGCAGGUGUUACCUGGGAAUUUUGGCUUCUUGAAAUUCCUAGGUAAAACCUUCUUUACUGUUCCUGUAGGCCAUUUCUUUGUGAUAAAUGUAAGCAUCCCAUGCCUUCUGUUUUUGUACUUGUUCUAUCUUUUCUUUAGAAUGGCACAACUGCGGAAUUUUAAAGGCACCUACUGCUACCUGGUCCCGUAUCUGGUCUGCUUUAUGUGGUGCGAACUCUCUGUGGUCAUUCUGCAGGAGUCCUCUGGCAUCGGGCUCGUUCGUGCAUCAAUCGGUUACUUUCUGUUCCUCUUUGCGCUCCCGGUGCUGGGUGUAGGCAUUGCGCUGAUGUGUCUUAUCCAUUUCAUUAAGUGGUUUGUGUCUCUGGAGCUCCUGAAGAUUGUAGUGACCCUGGCUUUGUGCACUGUCCCUCUGCUCUUCCGGUGGUGGACAAAAGUUAACUUCUCUGUAGUUGGAAUGGUUAAAUCCCUGACUCGAAGCUCGAUUGUGAAACUCAUUCUGGUGUGGAUUACAGCUGUGGUGUUGUUCUGUUGGUUCUAUGUGUAUCGAUCAGAGGGAAUGAAAGUUUACAACUCUACCUUGACAUGGAAUCAGUAUGCUUUCCUCUGCGGACCCCGGUCGUGGAAGGAGACGAACAUGGCACGUACUCAGAUCCUGUGUAGUCACCUGGAAGGACACAGAGUGACGUGGACUGGGCGGUUCAAAUAUGUGCGUGUGACAGAAAUCGACAAUAGUGCAGAAUCUGCAAUAAAUAUGCUUCCAUUUUUUAUUGGCGAUUGGAUGAGGUGCUUGUAUGGUGAAACCUACCCUCUUUGUGACCCCAAAAAUGUUACACUGGAGGAGGAGGAAUUGUGUCGUCUCAAGUAUUUGACAAAGCAUAACUGCCACAUGAAAAUGUUUGAUCGGUACAAAUUUGAAAUAACUGUGGGCAUGCCUUUCAGUAACAAAAAUGGAACCAAGGCUAUAGAGGAAGAUGAUAUAACCAAAGAUAUUGUGCUGAAAGCAAGCAAUGAGUUUAAAAAAGUGUUGUUGAACUUAAGGCAAGGAAGUAUAAUUGAAUUCAGCACAAUUCUGGAGGGUCGUCUUGGCAGUAAAUGGCCUGUCUUUGAACUGAAAGCAAUCACUUGCUUGAAUUGCAUGUCUAAGCUCUUACCUGCAGGGAGGCACGUGAAAAUAGAGCAUGACUGGAGGAGCACAGUGCAUAAAGCCAUUAAAUUUGCUUUUGAUUUUUUCUUCUUCCCAUUCCUGUCAGCUGUAUAA